AUCUAAAGAUGUCACAAACCGCCAAAACCUGCGGAAGUGUUGACGAUAGAGUUUGUGAAGACAUGAUUAGUGAGUUACCCGAAGAUUUACUUUUGAGGAUAUUUUCGUUUGUUCCCAUAAAAGACGCAGUAGCCAUAAUUGGGUUACAAACGCUGUUAAUCACGGCGUGGAUGAUCUUCAUGCUUUGUUGGCCCGUAGAUCCGGUCAACUUGCCUAAGAGCCUUUACUUGUGCAAAUCUCUCGUGGUAUUUAAUCUUUCCCACAAGAUUUUCGUGGAUGUUCCUUCUCCGGCUAUCUUCCCAUCCCUGAAAAGUCUUCACCUUUGCUAUAAAGACGAUGACUCUGUACAUGACAAUGUGAUGACGUAUUGUGUAAAAGUGCCUUCUUUAAUUUCUUUCGCGUAUUUAAAAUUUCAAGACGACAAUGAUGUAGGAGAUAAUGGCAACAGCUGCUUGGUGAUAGAUUCCCCAAUAUUAAAGUGCUUUAUCUUCAUUGAUCAUUUAAAAGAGUAUUGCUCGAUGGAUAAUAUGCCUCCUCUGGUUUCAGCAACUAUUAGUGAUUAUACAUAUCGUGAUGACAAGUUUCUAAGACCUAUUUUCUCGGUCAAGACUCUUGAGUUCUUUUCUGAUGAAAUACUCGUGUGUUGUAGCACCAUCACCUUCUCUCGAUUUGUAAAUUUAAGAAUAUGUCCAGAUGAAUCAAACUGGGUUGAACCGUAUAUACAUGUCAACCCAAGGAUCUCCCACUUUCAUGGAACCAACCGAGUUUUAUUCCGGGAUGCUAGUCGUCACAGCUCGAGUUAUUUGAGUGGAGGGGUUAUGGAGGAAGACAAGAAGAUAAAGAUUUGU